CCCCAGCUCAGGCCUCCCCCGUGCCGGGGCCGCCUGUUUGCAAUCAGCGCCGGGCCCCGCGCCAGCCCCAAUCCUAAAAAAAGGGGGGGGCCGGAGCCGCGCACAGCCAGAGCUCGCCGAGCCCAGCGGCCGCCUGGUUUCCCCCAGCGGGGUCCCGGUGCAGGAGCCUCCUCGCCCUGUCCCGACACAGCCCCAUGUCGCGACUCGUCCCCCUGCUGCUCCUGGCAGCCCUGAGCUGCGCCACCAAGCCAAAGCGGCGCCCGGCGGCGUGGGACGAGCGACCCGAGGCGGGCACCAAAGGCUGCGCCAACCUGACGCUGAUCCUGGAUAACUGGAGGUUCGCCAUCACCUCGCAGCUCCGCAACCUCCUGCUGCAGGACCACCACACCGUGCUGCCCGACUACGGCCGGAUCCGGGCGCUGUCGGGGGCGCUGGACGGGCUGUACGGGGAGCUGAGCGCCCUGAAGGAGCGGCUGGGGCGGCUGUCGGGGCGUUUUGGGGAGGUCGAGGCCUUCGUGGAGCAGCUGCAGCGGGCACGGGGGGGGCCCCGAGGAGGAGGAGGAGGAGGGGGGGGGCAAGGCUCGACCCCAAAUAACGCCCGGGGGGGCGCACGAGGGGGUCCAGGGUUUGGUUGAGGGGAGGGCAGAGGG